GCUGGGCUGUUAAUACAUAUAUAUACAUGAUUAUUGAUAUUGAUUGGUGGUUGUUGCUGAUAUAUAUGUGUAUAUAAAUUAGGUUUGUUUGUCUUUCGUUUUGCUAAAUAAAUUGAAAUUAUAUUGUAUAUAAAUUGAUUGAUGACUUUUUAUAUGUAUAUUAUGCCGGCAUGAACGAUUAUUGAAAUUGAUCGGUAAUUUUUGUUGAUCUAGCAGUAGACAACUAAUGAAAUGGGCAAGUCGAAGAAGUUUUACAGAAAGAAGCAACGAAACAACAAAAAAGCUUCCAAAUCUCGUAAGAAGAAGCAACGUAACAAUAAGAAAAAAGCUGUUGCUGACCUGAAUAACCGGGACGCCUUCUUUAAGGACUUGGAAAAUGUUGAUAAACCUUCACCUACUGUACCUGCCCCGGAGGAAUAUUGCUGCGCUGUUAACUUCAAAAGCCUGGCUACCUUAAAAGGUACUUCUGACACAAAUGACGGGCUCGAUAUCUAUGACAACACGGAAGUUGUUUACAAACCUCCUGUACCUGCCCCGGAGGAAUAUCGCGGCCCUAUAAUUUUUCAUCCCUUGGCUGACUCAGGACGUUCCUUUUGUCACACUUAUCUCCAACCCCAAUUUACACACCCUCCUGUUAUAAACUGUACUUCUGACACAAAAGACGGGCUCGAUAUCUAUGACAACACGGAAGUUGUUUACAAACCUCCUGUACCUGCCCCGGAGGAAUAUCGCGGCCCUAUAAUUUUUCAUCCCUUGGCUGACUCAGGACGUUCCUUUUGUCACACUUAUCUCCAACCCCAAUUUACACACCCUCCUGUUAUAAACUGUACUUCUGACACAAAAGACGGGCUCGAUAUCUAUGACAACACGGAAGUUGUUUACAAACCUCCUGUACCUGCCCCGGAGGAAUAUCGCGGCCCUAUAAUUUUUCAUCCCUUGGCUGACUCAGGACGUUCCUUUUGUCACACUUAUCUCCAACCCCAAUUUACACGCCCUCCUGUUAUAAACUGUACUUCUGACACAAAAGACGGGCUCGAUAUCUAUGACAACACGGAAGUUGUUUACAAACCUCUUGUACCUGCCCCGGAGGAAUAUCAUGGCCCUAUAAUCUUUCAUGCCUUGGCUGCCUCAGGCAGUUCCUUCUGUCACACUUAUCUCCAACCCCAAUUUACACGCCCUCCUGUUAUAAACAGUACUUCUGACACAAAAGACGGGCUCGAUUUCUAUGAGAACACGGAAGUUGUUUACAAACCUCCUGUACCUGCCCCGGAGGAAUUCGCGGCCCUAUAAUCUUUCAUGCCUUGGCUGGUUCCUUUUGUCACACUUAUUGCCAACCCCAAUAUACAGUCAAAGAUAUUGCUGACCGGAAAAAUCUUUGAAGGAACAAAAUUGUGAACUAUUAACUUUAAAACCUUGGGUGCACUGGGAGCUCCUAUUUUCAUUCUCAUCCCAAACCCCAGUAUACAGGCAUGAAAAAAUGGAAUGUCUUCUUUGAAGAAUUGUAUAUGAUUUUCAUAGCGCUCGGUUGGUGGGAAACACCAUUUGUCUGUUCACUUUUAAAGUACUUUUAUUAUUUGUGCUGUUUAACAAAAGAUGGUCAGCCUAUUUACGUGUCUGUAUGCAAAUGUCUGUUUCCUCGUGUAUUUAUUCCAUUUUAUCCUUGGCCCGGGCAUCCCUUAAAGUUACUACUCCAAACAUGCCUUGCACACAGGAUUUAUAUUUGUGUAUUAUACUAUUAUAUAGUUUCAGGGGCACAAAAUGUUGCUUGUAAUCUAGGUUUAGACCUUCCUGACACUACACCAUUAAUUUGCUAUAGCAACGCCAUUUCAAAUUUUGUUCAUAGAUCGUUGCUGUUUCUUAACCAAUUUUGACAAAUUUAUAGUUGUUGCAAUGUUUUUAAAAAAAGGUUACAAAUGAAUGUACUUUUUACAUAAUAAGGCCAUAAAGAGGCACAAACUCAGAGAAAUACACUCAAGCUCAAAUUGGAUGGGUUGGUCAGAGCGCAAGUCUUGGAAUGAAAGAUUCAUGGGGCCCAUUGAAGGCUUUGGCAGUUGCUACCGUUAUAAAUGGGAUUGGUGAUGUGGUGUUAUGCUCAGUCUUAGGAUAUGGUAUUGCUGGAGCAGCAUGGGCAACUAUGGCAUCGCAAGUUGUUGCAGGUUAUAUGAUGGUUGAAGCUCUGAAUAAGAAAGGAUAUAAUGGUUUCACCCUCUCUGUUCCAUCCUUCAGUGAAUUGCAAAAUAUAUAUAAUCUUGCUGCUCCAGUUUUUAUAACAAUGACGUCAAAGGUCGGUUUUUACUCUCUGAUUGUUUAUUUUGCUACAUCUAUGGGCGUACAAAGUGUUGCUGCUCAUCAGGUCAUGAUCCAGAUUUACUGCUUGUGUACAGUAUGGGGUGAGCCUCUAUCUCAAACUGCUCAAUCAUUUAUGCCUGAGCUGAUGUAUGGAGUUAAUCGCAAUCUGUCGAGGGCUCGAAUGUUGUUGAAGUCUCUGGUUAUUAUUGGAGCAUUGACGGGGCUUAUAUUAGGAUGCAUUGGAACAUCUGUCCCCUGGUUGUUUCCCCAAGCCUUUUCACCCGAUGCUGCCGUCAUAAAGGAGAUGCAUACGGUUCUAGUUCCAUAUUUUAUUGCGUUGAGUAUCACUCCAAGUACUCAUAGUCUCGAAGGGACAUUAUUGGCUGGGCGAGAUUUGAAAUUUAUUAGUAUGUCGAUGAGUGGGAUUUUUUCAUUGGGGGCUCUCGUCUUGCUGUUGUUGACUGGGGGAGGAUAUGGUUUGGCUGGUUGCUGGUGGGCACUAGCAGCAUUCCAAUGGUCUCGAUUUGGUAUUGCACUGAGACGGCUCACCCUACGUGAUGGAAUACUGUAUUCCGAUGACUUGACGCGUUACAAGUUUGGACUGCAGAAGACUGCAUAGGCCGAGGCAUAAAAGUAGUUGGUCCCGAUUGGCUUUGGACAUAUUACUCCAAGGCUACAGCCCGGAACCUGCCAAAGUUGCCAACUUACAUGCUCGAAUUGAACAAUCAGAGCUGUUGUAAUUCUUCUAGGAACAGAAAAUUGUGAGAAGAAUUUGGUAGUUGAUUGUGAGCAAAAAAUGGGGUGCUCCAGAUUCAUUAUAGAACUGUAUAGCUAUGUACAUGUUCUAGUGGUGCUUUAUUGUUUUACUUAAUACUCAAUUUCUGCUGAACAAGAUGUGAAGUUCAUACAUAUACUUCUAGCCAAAGGAAUAAUGAAUCUUUCUAUGACAGUCUUA